GUAGCUUCGCUGAAUUUUCGACGGAACAAAUAGUGCUCUGAAAGAAAAUGUGUAGUACCAGUGCCAUGCGUUAUUACGUUCCAAUCGUGCAAGAUGAUGGUGUAUCUCCAUGCAAGGAGAAUACAUUUAACAGGCCGCGCCAACCAUCGCGUGUCAUGGUCAGAAGAUACGCAUUAACAUCCUCGGGCAGCAAAUAUUUGGAAAUUGGAAUCAGAGUAGGUCCUAUAGCCGAUGUAGAAAUUCUUCUCGGCGAUAAUCGUGGGAAUCAUCUCAUAAUACCAUGGCAUACAUGGAACACACUAUUCGACAGCUGUACAACCAUCGAGGAACGUGCACAAUUGCCAGGGUCAUCAUUGAUGCGGAUUCAUGAAUUAACGGUGGAAUUUUGUCACAUGUAUGAUUCACCGAUUGUAAAGAUGACAAUGGAUACUAAGUCGCUGUAUUUCAAACCGAAUACAGUAACAUUUUUAUUUAAUCUUGAGCCGUGUGUAAGCUAUGUGUAUCCGCGGCUCUAUCAAACUGCAGAAGAAGUGAGGACAAAAUUUAAAACUUUUGUUAACGUGCUGCAACAAAAAAGCGAUGCUGUCUCCGAAACAUUAGAUACACGUUGUGCUGCUAAAAUCAUACGCGACAGUGAAUAUUACUGCAAGGAUUAUCUUGUAGAUUGUGAACUGUUAGGAUGCGCCAUCAAUGAUAUUGUAGUUGAUGCUCGCAUAAAAAAAAUGUAACAAUAUAGUAUCAUUUAAAACAUAUAUUAUUUCUCCAA